GCAUGACUCACCAAGCUGACAUGUUCUUCCCCAAAUCAUUUACAGCUUAUUAAUUUCCCAAAUAUCCCAUCAAUACCCCACACCAAAUCCUGACCUAAACCUCAAAGCUUACGUUUGCUUACUACUUUGAUUUUGUCUGCAUUUAUUUUAAAACAAUCAAACCCAUAUUCAUACCAAUUUUAUAAAUUAAAAUUCCCAAUUUCGUGCUUGGUUUAUGGUUGAUUUUUAGUCGACUGAUUCAUAGUGAAGAACAGCAAGAAAAGGUCUGAUUUUUCCCCACGAAUUUUGAAAAAAGUUGGUUAUCUGAUCUUCAAACCCCCUUUUGUUCAAAUCUUCAAUUUGGGGUUUUUUUUUGGUGAGCUAAAAUUUCCCGAAUUCUGAUUGAUUUGAAACAAAAAGGGGAUGAAUUUGUACCCAUUAGAGAACACUUUCAAUCCUUUCUGCAAAUAUACAGCAACCCCUUUUUGUCUUCUCUCUUGUAUGGAGAGAGAGCAGAAGUACUCAACCCCACUUCUUCUACCACCUAGUGGGGCCUACCAGCAAAAUGAUAAACAGCAAGAGGAAGAAGAAGAUGUUGAUGAUAAUAAUAGUGUUGUUGUUGUUGAUUUAGAGGGUGAAGAAGAUGAUAAACAGCUUGAGAAAACCCUAGAAAAGUUGGAAUUUUGGCUGAGUUUUCUGUGUUUUGAUCAGACAAAUCCAUUGAAAUUUGUGGUUUCUUGGUUUGUGUUCUUUGCAGUGGGUGUUGCAGUUCCUAUGUUGAUAAUUGAGCUCACCCAUUGCUCGGAUUGUGAAGAUUAUCAAGUCAAGGAUUUUGAGUAUGAGAUUCUUACCUCUCAUCUUCUUCUUGGUGGUGUUUCUUUGAUUUGCGUGGCCUACAAUAUUAAUAAAAGAGGGUUUCGAAAAUUCUUGUUUGUUGAUCGGUAUAGGGGGUAUACCGCCCGUUUCAAAGAUCAAUAUAUCAAUAAGAUUAAGGGUUCAUAUCAACUACUGUUACAGUCCCUGAUUCCAUGCUGCAUCUUGAAGGCACUUCAUGAGAUUACGCGCAUGAUAUACAUUCAAAACCAAUCAUGGUGGCUGGCUAGUUUAAAUGCGACAGCAUUAGUAAUAUCUUGGACAUACCUAAGUGCAAUAUCGCUAGCAGCCUGCAUUCUCUUUCAUUUAGCUUGCAAUUUGCAAGUUAUCCAUUUCAAUGAUUAUGCGAAAGUCUUGGAGAAAGAAUCCAGUAUAAUGACUUUGAUGGAUGAACACAUGAGAUUGAGGAACUACCUCUCUAAAAUUAGCCACAGAUUUCGAAUAUAUCUUAUCUUGGUGUUCCUGUUCGUCACUGCUAGCCUGUGUAUGACUCUGAUACAGAUCACAGGUGUUAAUGGAAGAGUUACUUUCAUAAAUGGUGGAAAUUUUGCUGUAACAUCCAUUGUUCAAGUUGUUGAGACACUUCUUUGCUUGCAUGCUGGUACAAAAAUUUCCUCCAGAGCCCAGGGCAUCGGUGCAAUGGCUUUUAGAUGGCAUGCAUUAGUAACUUGCAAGUCCCUUGAUGGAGGAAGACGUUCAAUUUCGUUGAACUCAUUAUCAAAUUAUUCUGAGAGUGAAUCGAAUUUGCUGGAUGAGAAUGAAAUUAUCAGCCAUUCGCAGUUUGCUUCAGUGUCUUCAUAUAACAAGAGGCAAUCUUUUGUGAUGUAUUUGCAGGCGAAUCCUGGAGGGCUCACCUUAUACGGAUGGACAGUCGAUCGUUCACUUUUAUCCACAAUAUUUGCGAUCGAACUCUCACUAGUCCUUUUUGUGCUGGGUCAGACCAUUGUUUUCUCCUCCCCAUCCGCGUAACUUUUUCAUUUUGGCACUAAAGUAGUCCACCAUGAAUGAUGUCCUGUUCUGAAGUCAAAUUGCUGUUACGCGGUUUUUCCAUACUUGAAAACCUAGUUAGAGUGAUAUGUUUUUGUUCAACUUUCUGGGAUUCUUAACGCUAACACGUGCUGUAUUUGGUGCACGAGGCGGAGCCAACCCCGACCGUUGAUUAUACUGAGUGCAACCUUCCAAUAUUGUAUAUUCUUUUGUAAAUAUUACUUAAUAUUAAAUGAGGGCUAAUCACUUCCCCCAUCUGUAACCUUAUAUAGUUAUAUACUUAUAUGUAAGUAUGUAAGAAUGACUUUUUGUAUAACUCGAACGAAUGUGAAUAAACAUGAUCAUGGAUGCUGUUUGUUACAAAAA